UACUUUGAUGUGGGCUGUAUCAAACAUACGCCUGGAAUCUGACCGUUCCUUUUGAUACCCACCACAACCACUUUAAAAGCAAGCAGCUGUGAUUUACGGACAGAAAAAACAGAAACCAUGGCGACCAUGUUUGAGCAGCCGCGAAACGGCACGCUGUUUCUCGGUGGGCAAAAGAUUUCAGGUUCCGACAUUCGUGACCAGAACGUCCUCGCAACACAAGCCAUCGCAAAUGUUGUCAAGAGCUCGUUCGGCCCCAGUGGCUUGGAUAAGAUGAUGGUUGAUGAUAUUGGCGAUGUUACGGUCACAAACGAUGGAGCUACGAUUCUCAGCCUACUCGACGUCGAGCACCCGGCCGGAAAGAUCUUGGUCGACCUGGCACAACAACAAGACAAGGAGGUUGGAGAUGGCACAACAUCAGUUGUCCUCAUUGCUGCCGAGCUUUUACGCCGAGGAAACGAGCUGAUGCGGAACCGGAUACAUCCCACAACGAUCAUCACGGGCUACAGGCUGGCGCUCCGCGAGGCUGUCAAGUACAUGAACGAGAACGUCAGCGUCAAGGUCGAGAACCUCGGCCGCGAAUCGCUCAUCAACAUUGCCAAGACAUCAAUGUCGAGCAAGAUUAUCGGUUCCGACUCUGACUUCUUUGCCAACAUGGUUGUCGACGCCAUGCAAGCCGUCAAAACUACCAACACACGGAACGAGACGAAAUAUCCUGUCAAGGCAGUCAACAUCCUCAAGGCCCACGGCAAGGGCUCGCUGGAGUCAAUCCUGGUCAAGGGCUACGCCCUGAACUGCACAGUCGCUUCCCAGGCCAUGAAGACACACAUCAAAGAUGCCAAGAUUGCCGUUUUGGACAUCAACUUCCAGAAGGAGCGCAUGAAGCUCGGUGUGCAGAUCACGGUCGACGACCCGCAACAGCUGGAGCAGAUUCGCGCGAGGGAGGCGGGCAUGGUUAUUGAGCGAAUCGAAAUGAUUCUCAAGGCUGGUGCCAACGUUGUCUUGACCACCAAGGGCAUUGAUGACUUAUGUCUCAAGUACUUUGUCGAGAAGGGUGCAAUGGCAGUAAGGAGGUGUAAAAAGGAGGAUUUGCGCCGCAUCGCACGGGCUACAGGCGCCACUCUGCUGGGAACAUUGUCGGAUCUCAACGGCGACGAGCGCUUUGACCCAUCUUACCUUGGAUACGCCGAAGAGGUUUCACAGGAGCGCAUUUCGGAUGAUGAGUGCAUCUUGAUCAAGGGAACCAAGGCGCAUUCAUCUGCUUCCAUUAUCCUCCGUGGCCCGAACGACUUUCAACUAGAUGAGAUGGAGCGUUCCGUCCACGACUCCUUGUGUGCUGUCAAGCGUACUUUGGAGAGCGGCAGCAUCGUGCCUGGUGGUGGUGCUGUUGAGACAGCCCUGCACAUCUACCUGGAGGAGUUCGCCGGCACCGUUGGCUCGCGGGAACAGCUAGCAAUCGGAGAGUUUGCACAAUCGCUGCUUGUCAUUCCCAAGACACUUGCUGUCAAUGCAGCUAAAGAUGCAUCAGAUCUAGUGGCGCAGCUGCGAGCGCGCCACGCACUCUCACAGCGCACGCAGGAUGGAGAGGGCAACGAGGACGAGAAAAUAGUGGCUCGCAAGAAGGGCUACCGCAACUAUGGUCUGGACUUGGCCCGCGGCAAGCUCGUUGAUCAGAUUAAGGUCGGAGUAUUGGAACCUAGCGUCAGCAAAGUCCGCCAACUCAAGAGUGCUGUUGAGGCCUGCAUUAGCAUAAUGCGCAUUGAUACUCUUAUCAAGCUGGACCCUGAGCAACAGAUGGAAGACGAUGGACACGGGCACUAGAGCAGAUACGGAACAUCUGAAAACAAAAAGAUUUACCUGUCUCACAUCAAAUUGUCCGACGAACCGACUUUGUACGCGCGAUUGUCGCAAACGGCGCCAAGAACCAGGCUUACGAAUAGACAGCGGUAGACGGGCCGGUAUAGACUGUAUUCGUGUUCAUGCUAACUAACGAUUAGAUGAAAAUUAAUUGUUCUUAUCUGCGAAACUUGUUGACCAAGCUAAGAAGAGCGCCAAAGUACAUUUGUUGCACGGGAAAACCUGUCAUCUAAAUUCUGAUCAACCAUAGCUUAGUUGCCCAUGCCGACUGCACCAAAUCUGCCGCAAAUUUGUGCAUGCUUUUGAUGUGAGUAACGAACGAAAUGAUUUCAAACCUAGUUGUGGUUUUUUCCUGUUUCCCUCUCUUCGUAAUGCGCCGACUUACUUGAAGUCAGCAACCACAUCAUUCCGAUUCCAGUAUUUAUUCCCUGCCGCCAUUAUCGCCUACUGUCGGCUUUAGUUUCGACGCCGUCCAAAGCAUCGAGUACCGUACCCAAUCAUGAAUCGUCAUUAUUGCUUGCAGCUAAUGCGUUUGGUUCUGCAGCCAAGGAAACCACAGUCAUCCAACC